UAAGAAACCUGCUUACAGUGGUGGAGUUCGGUGUACAAGUUGGGAGGAAAUUGAUCUUAACAUUACUAGAAAUUACUUUCUCAACAUGAUGAAUGUAGUCAGGAAGUCUAUUUCUUCGGCAAUAAGAAGUACAGCCAGGAGAGCUACUCUUGCAACAAGUACAGCUACCAAGGAUAUUAAGACUGGUGAAAAAUCAGAGGCGAUAUAUGCAAAAGAGCAGAAGUAUGGAGCCCACAACUAUGGUCCUAUUCCUGUGGCCUUGAGUCGUGGAGAAGGUGUGUUUUUGUGGGAUGUGGAAGGCAACCGUUACUACGACUUCCUCAGUGCAUAUAGUGCUGUUAACCAGGGUCACUGCCACCCUAAGAUUGUUGGAGCACUCAAAGAGCAGGCUGAUAUCCUCACACUCACCUCUCGUGCUUUCUACAACAACGUUCUGGGAGAGUAUGAGGAGUAUGUGCACAACUUGUUUGGAUACGACAAAGUGCUUCCCAUGAAUACAGGGGUUGAGGGAGGUGAGACUGCCUGUAAGUUGGCUAGGAGGUGGGGAUACGAUGUGAAAAAGGUGCCAAAAGAUCAGGCAAGGAUAAUUUUUGCCGAUGGAAACUUCUGGGGUCGCACGUUGGCAGCUAUCUCGAGCUCGACAGAUCCAUCCAGCUUUGCUGGCUAUGGCCCCUACAUGCCAGGUUUUGGAACCGUCCCUUACAACGAUAUAGAUGCACUAGAGAAAGAACUGCAGAACCCAAACACAUGUGCCUUCAUGGUGGAGCCAAUUCAAGGAGAGGCAGGUGUUGUCGUCCCUGAUGAUGGCUACCUUACCAAGGUCAGACAGCUUUGUGACAAAUACAAUGUCCUCUGGAUUGCUGAUGAGGUCCAGACUGGACUCGCUCGGACUGGCAGACGUCUGUGUGUAGACCACGACAACGUACGUCCUGACAUUGUGGUGCUUGGGAAGGCUUUAUCAGGAGGUGUCUUACCAGUGUCUGCCAUCUUGGCUGACGACCCUGUCAUGUUGACUAUCAAGCCCGGAGAGCAUGGCUCCACCUAUGGUGGGAACCCUCUUGCCUGUAAAGUUGCUAUAGCAGCCCUUGAGGUGUUGGAGGAGGAAAAGCUGGCUGAGAGGGCAGAUCGUCUGGGAAAAGUUCUUCGCAAAGAGCUUAGUGAACUUCCCAAGGAUAUGGUGAAGACAGUGAGGGGGAAAGGUCUUCUUAAUGCCAUUGUUAUCAAUGAAAAAGUGGACGCCAUGGACAUCUGUUUACGUCUCCGUGACAACGGCCUGCUUUCCAAGCCUACCCAUGGUGACAUCAUCAGAUUUGCCCCACCUUUGAUUAUGACAGAUGAACAGAUGCAGGAGUGUAUCAGUAUUAUUAAGAACACCAUCAUGGAGUUUGUGUAAAUAAUGUCUGGUCAUAGGACCACUCAUCUAUAGAGUGGGGAGUACACUGUUACGUGCCUGUAUUGAACAUUUUACAUUUGUACUGCUUUAUCUAGGCAUUGUUUGCCAAAUGUCUAAGACUUAAACAGCUUAUCAGUCUUCUACUGAUAACUUCAUUCUAACAGACAUCUUAACUUUCCAGGUUUGAAAUGAGGAGAAAACACCUAUUGGAAAUAUAAUAUUUUCACAAUCUAUUGACAUAUAAUGUAUCAUUCGAUAUGAUGCUGCAUUAUUGCUAACUUUAUUUGUCUUACAAUUACUUAAUAUGAAUUGGAUUUCAACAAUUAAUUAUGAUUAAGGGCAAUUAAGAUCCACAAUUAACAAUUCUUUAAUGACAUUUCCAAAAAUAGCAAUGGAGAAUGAAUUUUGUGAGACUUUCCCAGUAAGGAGGGUUAAUAACAGGAAGUUUAUAAAUACGAUGAAAUGUCUUAUAUAAUUACCAUAGGAGAUUCCUUUUUAAACAGCAAUAGUAAACAUUUAACCUUUUUAUGACCUGUGUCAAUUGAUAUGAAAAUUUUCUAUCAUGUAAAUCUUGUGAUUCAGAAAAUUGUUGGUAAAAACACAAGAAAAUAUGUCAGUAUCAAUCAGCCUCAUUAAUUAUGACCAUAUAUAGAUAUCAAACAGUUACCUAAUUAAUAAGGUUAUAAUUUACUAUUAUAUUGUGUGGUGUGGUUCAGAGAAGUAAUGGGUUUUAUCAACUAAUCCUGAAGAUCAGAGGUCAAAAGCCAAGCAUUUAUUCAAAAUUAAAUUUUAUUUUUUUAUUUUGCACCAAAUUCUCUAUCACUUGUAACUUACAGAUUGUUUAUGUAAAUGCAGGAGACAGGAUGGUAUUCAAUGAACCAGGAUUCACAUGUUUUUAGGAAAAGAUUAAAAACUUCAGGUAGAAUCUUUUCCUUUUUAUGAAAUUAUUUCUAAAUGUCAUAAUAAGUGAAGUUUGGAUAGUUGUUUUUUAUACAUCAUUAUUUGAAAGUUACUUUUAAUGAAAUGCAUAAUGUGUUUUGCUUUCUGUUAAUUAUGAUAGCUAGAAAUUCCUGAUGUGUAUAUUUUUAGUCACAUUAAUUUACAUUUGAAUCAUGAAAAUCAUGAUUAUUUUAUAUUCCACUAUCAAAGGGUGGAAUGGUUGAGGGAAUACUCAUGUUUGUUAAUCACUUCUACUUUUAUCAUUCUGCUGCCUUAAACUUGACAAUAUUGUUGCCAGGUUUUUUUGGUGUGUUAUACUCAUCGUUGUCUUUGGUCAAUAUUAAAUAUACAUUAUGUGUAUUUCUCUCCCCUUAGAUCAUUUAUGAAGUCAGUACAAUUGUUUAUCAAUGUAGUACACUGUGAAAUGUAAUCAGGUUUUAUAUAUUCCAUAAUAAAAACUUUCAUGUCAUAUUGUUAUAGAUAAAAUGUAGGUUGUCUUUUCAACAGCUAUUGUAACUAUUUUGUCAUAAAUCAAACCAAUGAAACGAAAUCAGAUUCUUUGUCACCUAACAUAUUAAAUUUUGUCAAAACAAAUCACAUGACGUAUAUAACACAUCACAUGUAUUAAACAAAUCAUGUGACUUGAAACAAAUCUAAUGCAGAUAUCAAAUUACUUCAUAUAUUUAAA